GUGGUUGUAUAUUUUUCGCAAAAUUAUGAAUUAAUGAAAAUUUGCGAUUUUUAAAUAAAUGACAUGGUUUUAUAUCUUUAGAAAGUCUCACUAUCUCUCAGCGAUGUUGUUCGUGGGAAUAUUGUGUUUGUUUAGUUUGUGUACAAUAAAUUCAGAGGCCUCUACUCACUGGAUGGUUACUGAAAGUGGUUUAAUUCAACCGAAGGAAGAGUCUCCAUUUGAAAUGGAAAAUCCUCAUGAUCUUCUUGCUUUUCUAAGUCAAGAUACUAGGUGGGAUAAUAUAAUAAAUUUAUACCACGACUUAGCUAAGAGACAAACAGUAGCUGCCAAUUUGUGGUCAAAUAUACAGAAAAAUUCUGAUGUCACAACAUUAAUUUUAAAAGAAGACAGUUGUAAUAAAGCGGGGCAGUUGAAUUAUUUGGAUUGGUAUGCUUCAUUUUUAGAGGAAGGUAAAUCAAAACAAAUACCAGAUGAAGAGUUUUUGCUGUACAAACCUUCUGUUGGUCAAGAUGUUGAUGUGCCUGACUGUAAGAAGAUAUCAUCUCUGACAUUUAGCAUGUUUGCAUUUGAGCAUCUUGAGGGUUUGAAGCAAAGAGAUAAUUUGACUACCAGUUCUGAAAUGGCCCUUCCAGAGAUAAUUUCUCCUAUUAUGACAGUAGACCAGUUUGGUCAUUGGCUCUCAUUGUCUCUUAAAAGAAACAGUUCCUCAUGGCUGCAUUAUAACAUGGCAUCCAUGUAUUGGAGAGUAAGAGGCAAUGCUCCCAAAGCAAUAGAAUGUAGCCGUAGGGCACUUCAUUAUGCACCAAGGGAAUAUAAAGAUGUGGCACUUUUAAAUUUAGGUUCCAUUCUGCAUAGAAGUAAAAAGACAGAGGAUGCAAUCAUAGUACUUGGAGCUGCUGUUGAUCAUAAUCCUCAGUAUCAUAUAAAUCACUUUCUACUUGCAACUGCAUAUGCUGUUCUUGGAGAAUAUAACAAUUCUCUUAAACAUUUAGAUAAAUGCAUGCACCUGGAUCCAAGUUUUGAAAUGGCUGAACGAAUAGCAGAUGAACUCCGUGAAGAAUUGAUUGAAUAUACCAGCAGGGAAGCCGAUUGGAUAAAAUUGCAUGCAACUUUUUUAAGAACUAGGAAACAUGAUCCUGAUGAGGAUUUCCGCAAUUAUUUAAAAAAUGCGGAGAAGAUCUCGGAACUAACGGGUUUCAAAAUGCUAGACUUAAAACAAGAAGGUGAUCGGUACUCUGUGAUACAGUAUUUUCUUGAUGGUCCAGUUUCCAUCAGUGAGAAACUCCAAGAAAAGGGUGUAUUUGCUUUAGACUCGGCAUAUAGUUUACAAAGACUGGUCAAACAUAUAGAAAAACAUGCGAACAUGGCAUCAAAAUUUCCUCCAUCGAUGAAGGUGAAUAGAAAUUUCGAAGACUUCGACAGAGAGCAUGCGUGGCCUUCCAAUAGAUUGUGCAAAGAAAGUGAGCCCAGUUAUCCGAAGCACCUUGACGCCAUUUACCCUGUUUUCUUACCGUUUGAAAAUAAGGGUAUCAGUGCUGAACAUGAAUUACCAUGGUAUCCUCCACUGUGUCCACAGGAUAAAGAUGCUGCCGCUUUCACGCAGAAGAAGACCCAUAAGAAUAAUCUGAAUAAACAGGUAGUGGACACAGGUCACCUGAGGACCAAACUUUUAGAGUAUACUGGUGAUGGCAAUGUUGAAUCUGUAAUGCAUAUGCAAGAUGUCGAGAUAGGACAUCGCAUUUAUAUCGCUAUGAAAAAGAAGCUGGCUCCGGAAUGGAUCUUGUAUACCUUAGCAUCACUUUAUUGGCGAGUUAGAAGUAACAAUGCGAACGCUCUGCACUGUUUGAUGUCAGCCAGCAAAAAAGUGGAUCCAAAGUAUAAGGAUCUAGUGUUAGCUUCUCUGGCAUCUGUUUAUGUAGAAAUGGGACAUUUCGAUGAAUCUCUGUCGGCGACCGAAGAAGGUUUCAAAUUGGGUGUUUACGAGCCAGCUCUCAACUUCGUGUUGUCUGAGUUAAAUAUGUUGCGGAAACAUCGGAACACGCAUAUAUUUCAUUUGAAGCAAGUAAUAAGAGUGGAGCCAAAGUUUAUGGGUGGACUUGCGAGGAAUCUCCUCAACGGGUGGUCCUGUCUCAUGAAGCAGAUUACCACCAUGGCAGAAGUUGGCUUAAGCGAAGACAUAUGCACACAAGUAGAGCCGGGCGUGAAUAUGGUGUGCGGUAAGGAUGGUACAAACUGCCACGUCACUAACAUAGAAUGCUUCAAAAACGAAGACAAAGAAAGCACCAGCACUCUAGUCAAAUUACUAGGGAUGAAAGAUAAGCAGAGCGAAGAAUCGGAAAUAAUGGACGACAGUAUGUUCGAUGAGUUUAAGGACAAUAUGCCUAAAGAUAGAAGCGAUAAAGACUCACACCAGCGCAAUUAUGAUAUGAUGCGUGAAAAUAUUCGACCUGAAGAUUUGGAGUUAACUGAAGAAGACUGUACUAAUCAGCAUUUAGAAUUAAGUUACUGGCUGCACACUGUCAAUUUCAGACAACUUGUUGUGGAUUAUAAUUUACGGUUGCCAAUGGAAAUUGCGUCAAUGACGCCAUCGAAGUUGAAGUUUCCCGAAUGUCGUAUACCAAUCAGUCCGUUAGGUGAUUUCUUCCUCGAACGCUUGAGCAGAGUUGACAGCAACGGUUGGCAGCCCUUGCUCGGCCUCAUGCACCAUUUCGCUGAAAUCUUCGAGUAUUAUGACUAUGUCUCACUGGGAGCCAAGAUAUCUAAAUACGUGGAUAUUUCUCAGUACGAACAAGCAGUUUGGAUGUUUCGUUUCGCUCUGACGUUCGAUGCGGACUUCAUGCCGGCCAAAGCUUGCCUUCAUGCUACCAUGUGCAUUAUGCUCUUUGGCAGCAAAGAAAAAAAUAAACAAGAAUAAAUCAUUAUGUAAUAAAAUAAACUACCGUAGUUGAUACCUUAGACCAUUUUGAAUUAUAUAUGGAGACAAUAAGAUCAUUUUAUCACAGAGAGCUGGAAUUAGUACACCUUAAGGUUAAGCUUAUUUCUUGUCUAUUUUUGUUUCUUUAAUAGGUAGUUUAUUUUAUAAAGGAAGUGGAGUUAAUUUUACUCCAUUUCGCAUACAAGAUUUUUAAAUUUGUCUAUUUUGAAUCUAUUUAAAGAUCUAUAAGAGUACUUUCGUAUUUGAUUAAUACUGUUACAUUAUGCUAUAAGGUUGUUAAUUUUUUCAAAUACAACGAAACGUUACUGUUUUACGAUUUAAGGUUACAAGUAUAUAAUUAAUUGCUAGCCUAUCUUGAAUAGAAUUUUAAAGUAAAUGGAUGUUGACUUUUAAAAUAUGUUUUAUAGUUUCGUAAAAAUACCGUGAAGUAAGUAAAUUACCACUAUAUGAAGUUUUACUGAAUAGUAUUAUUUCGGUUUCUAGAUUAGAUUCUGACAUUUAUUAACACAUUUGACAUGGUAGUGAUGAUAUACAUAGGUAUAUCAGUAAAUGUAUAAAAAAAUCUGAGACUGUAAAUGUAUAAUUACAGUCUCAGAAAGCACAUUCAGAGUUAAUAAUUUGCAACAUAAUAUAUAAACAUUUUUAUUUUAUUUCAAAAACAGUAGCGAUUUCGUAAGCAAAACAAUGUAAAAUAAUCACAUUCAAUGUUUCUAUGGUCCUAUUAGUGUAACCGUUAUAACCCAUUAAUACUCACGGGUCAUUCAAUACUAACUACUUAUAUUAUGACAGUACUUUACGAUUUGUGUACUGAUUAAAAAGUUAAAUGUAGUUUAAAUAUGUUCGAUUUUUUCUUUUUAUUUGCAGCUUUCAGAACAGUAAAAUAUAUUUCAUUAAAUUAAAAAAGACACUGACACUGAAUAUGAGUUGAAUGCACACAAUUUAAUACCUAAAUGUCAUGUCAGUUAAGAACAAAACAUAUGGUAGACAGUAGCGCCACAGAUGUUAUGAUAUUUAUAUAGAACGUUUUUAUUUUUAUUAUUUUUAAAUACGAUUUGAUUUUUACAACACAAAUUUAGGAUACGAAUACAUUUCGUAAACUUUCAUCAAUAUGACCAAAGCAUAUAAGAACAAUUCCUUUGUUACAAUAAUUAUAGCUAAAGCCAUGCGAUUUUGUAUUGUAUCAGUUCGACUCACUCGAGUAACAUACAUAGACAUACUUUAUAGUGUGCUAUGAUAAAGAUAAUUUAUGGUUAAUUAAUUAAAUAAUCAACUAUGAACGUAUCGUAUCAUAUACUAUUUUACAUAUUUUCCCAUUUAAUUCAUUAUGCAUUUAAUCAGUACAUACUAUCGUUAGUUAAUGAUUAAUAGGUGUCUUCAAUGUUCACUAUAUAGUCAAUAUGCAAGUAUGUCUUAAAAUUCACUAAACAGUUUUUCUAUGAUGCUUGUAAAAUCUCUGUAGAUGUAAAUGUAUGACGUGAUUAUGGUUCCUUUUGAAAGAUGUUUAUUGAUAUCGCGAGGCUGGUAUGCGAACCAAUCUCGACAAGCUUCAUAGUGUGGAGAUUGCCUCGUGAAUCCAUUUGAAUAUGGGGGUCGGGUCCGGAUCUUGGAUCUCAGGGGAGGGGGGGGGGGGCACUUGUCCCGGGUGCCGAUGUCAGGGGGCAUAAUACGUCAUAAGUCUAUGAAUUUUUAUCGUAUGUUUUUGAGUUUUGUAUGUUGUUUAAAGUCCCUAAAUUCAAUAAAAUGUUGCAGAAAUACGGAAUAAUAAAUUACACGGGGCGGGGGUGGAGUUGGGGCUCGCUACGUCACAACUAUGUAGAAAAUGUACAAAGAUGUCAUGUCAUGCGAUGCGGACAGACAAACAAAACUUUGUCAUCAUCCCCAUUGUAUUUUGUAGUCUAUUACCGUAUUCAUCUUUGUUUUUGUAUAACGUAGUGUUUUAUACGUAACUGUGAUUUUAUUGUAUUUUUAAUUCCAUUCUUGUUUUUUUUUACUUACACUCGAUAGAGAAGGUAUAAAUAACUAAAGCGUCUGGUUCCAUUGUCGACGUAUAAUGUCUCGGAAACAGUGUUGUAAACUCGUUUUGAGGGUAGUUUCAAAUUAACCUCAGCGCGAGUUUGCUUUCCGUGCAGCCUUGCGAUGUUGAUACACGCCUCAAUAUUUUUGCGUUAUUACAAAGUUUUUAUAUGCUUAAUUUUUUUAUAUAAUUACGUUAAAAAUGAAUUAUUAAGCAACAGGUUCAGUGUAUUAUAUAAAAAUGCGUGAAAGAGAAAUUUCAUUUCAAUAUAAUAUUGUGAUUAAGUAAACAGUAAAUAAGACAAGAUGGUAAGUAAAAUGCUCAAACUUAUGAUUGUUUUGUUGUACAAUAAAAAGGAAUAUAGUUUAUUUCCAAUAAUUAUAUAAAAGUAAACAGGAAAUUUCGUAUUUUCCUAAUAUAAGUAUUGGCUCAGUAGUUUUUAUAUUUACUUGAUUCCGCCUAGUUUAGAAAGCUCAUUGAAUGGUCUCAAAGUACCGAACAAUUUUUCAGAUAUUCUAUUUAAUUAAAUAUAUUCACAGGAAGAGAUGAUUUGUGAUAUAUGCUAUCAAAGAUUUCAAUGUCUCACUCUGACAUGCAUUACUGUGAUUUUCAAUUGAUAUUUUUUUUGUAAUGUUAAAUAAAGGUACAAUGUUGAUAAGAUGUAAAAAACUGACUUAUACAUUUUUUUUGUUUGAGUGGGUAUGUUUACAAAGCAGACCUGUUGCAUAUUGUUUUAUUAUUUUUGAUACGUUUGCUGCUAUAUUUUGUGCCUAAUUUAGGUGCUUAAGACUGAUUGAAAUUAUUACCCUUGUUUAGCGUAAGAUGUAAUUACAAUUUGGAAUUAUACACCUUCGCAAACAUUCAGUGUU